AUGGCAAAAGCACCUGGUAGAACUGUCUGCAUUACAUGUAGCAAAGAAAAAGCUACUUUUAAGUGUGGAGGAUGUGCACAAGAAUUUUGUUUUAAUCAUUUGGGUGAUCACAAGCAAGAGCUUAGUAAACAAUUUGAUGAAGUUGAAAUUAAUCGUGAUCUCUUUCGACAAACACUUACUGAACAAACAAAUAAACCACAGAAGCAUCCAUUAAUCCAAUAUAUUGAUACAUGGGAACGUGAUUCAGUCAAUAAAAUUCGACAAAAAGCAGAAGAAGCAAGGCAACUAGUAUUUACACAUAUUACUGAAUCUAUUAAACAACUAGAAAGCAGAUUGAAUCAAUUGACUGAUCAAUUACGACAAAGUCGUGCCGAAAACGAUUUUUUUGAAACAGAUUUACUUCGAUGGAAUAAUGAUUUGAUACAAUUGAAAGAAGAACUUACUAAACCGUCAAAUAUCAAUCUUCGACAAGAUACUACACCACUUAUUACUACACUUUCAAUUGAUGUUACAUCUUUAUCCGUAAAAAAUCUAAAAAUUGGCUCAAAUACAAGAUGGGUACAAAAUGGGGCGACAGUUGCUGGAGGAUUUGGUCGUGGCGAUGGCUUAAAUCAAAUGUCAAACCCAUGGGGCUUAUAUGUUGAUGAUAAUCAGACUAUAUAUGUGACUGACUACUCGAAUCAUCGUAUUGUGAAAUGGAAAUAUAGUUCGACUAGUGGUCAAAUAGCUGCGGGUGGAAAUGGAUCAGGAUAUUCCACAAAUCAGUUGUAUAGUCCGACAGAUGUAAUCGUUGACAAAGAGAAUGAUUGUCUUAUUAUUUGCGAUUACGGCAACAGGCGAGUAGUGCGAUGGCCUCGUCGAAAUAGGACACGUGGACAAACAAUCAUCCAAAAUGUUGGCUGUUGGGGUCUAGCAAUGGACAACAAUGGAUAUCUCUAUGUGGGAGACUGUGAAAAUCAUGAAGUAAGACGAUGGAAACUUGGAGACACUAAUGGAAUAAUAGUAGCUGGUGGGAAUGGAGAAGGUGAUCAUCUCAAUCAGCUUAGUGGUCGUUUUUACAUUUUCGUCGAUAAGGACCAAUCAGUGUACGUAUCAGAUGAGCAAAAUCAUCGUGUGAUGAAAUGGAUGAAAGAUGCAAAAGAAGGUAUUGUUGUCGCUGGUGGUAACGGCCCAGGAAAUAGUUUGACACAAUUGUCGGCUCCUUUUGGAGUGUUUGUUGAUCAGUUGGGCACUAUCUAUAUUUCUGACGCAAGUAAUCAUCGAAUAAUGAGUUGGCCUCAAGGGGCUAGACAAGGUAGUAUUGUUGUUGGUGGAAAUGGUAAAGGUGAACAAGCAAAUCAACUCUCCAGUCCUUUAGAUUUAACAUUCGAUCGACAAGGCAAUUUAUAUGUUGUCGACAAUGGAAAUUAUCGAGUGCAGAGAUUCAACAUAGACUCAAACUCAGAGUCAUAA